GCAAGGAAUGGAAAGUGCGGCGACGGACGGUCAUCGCCGACUUGGAGGUAGCAGUGGCUUCCAGGAAGAUGAUCUUGAAACGGAGCGCGUGAUCUUGUUCAUCUUCCUCGUUGUCUUGUUCGUGGCGACGCUAGAACUCGCGCUCCAUCAUAUCCAACGCGUUUGUCGCCAGCACCCGAAGUAUGCCAAGAUGCUGCACAAAACGACUCAAGAGCUCAUGAUCGUGGGGUUAAUCUACAUGCUGGUGAAAUUCUGCGUGUACACGAAACUGGCCGAGAAGGGCGGUCCCGUGUACUACGCAUUGGACGCUGCGGACGUGUUUGUGUUCUUUGUCACAAUGGCACUGGUGUUCCAAGCAAUUGUCAUCUUCAUUCGGCUGCGCAAAUCCAACAUCGAGAUGGACAAGCUGUCCGUCAUGACCGCGGCAGACCUGGUCAAGAUCGCGCGUCAACGUCUAGACGAAGCCUCAGAAUCCAAGUCGUGGUGGCGUCAGUUUCACACAUGGAAACGAUACGAAGACCGCAUGGAAAUGAAGUUGCUGGGGCAGUUCUUCCUCAACGUGUACGAGCUCCCGCAACUGUUUUCGUUCGCCAAGUACAUCCGAGAGGUCCAAGACAGCCAGAUCGCCAAGUUCAUUGAAGUCGAUUUGAGCACGUGGGUGCUUUUACUCGGGGUGUUUGCGCUCUACUUUGUGUACACGGGUCAACUUCACGCGCCGUACCGAGUGUCGGACAGCUCAGUGCGGCUCGUAGCGUUCGCCGUCUUCGUGUGCUGUCUCACCGUCGCGAUGUUUGGAUUCUUUCUCUACCUAAAGCACUUGGUGACCGUCCUCCUCCAGCAUGCCACGGACCGUGCCUUGGAAGGAUCGGCCAUGACGUUGAUGGUGCCCCUCGACGGCAAUGCCAAGCAGCGCAAGAUGGAUUUCCUCUUUGAAGCGAUGAACGAUGUGAUUGAAAAGGAAUCCCAUGAAGACGCGGACAUUCCCACGGACGAGGCCAUCGCACGGAUGCGACACGUCGCAGACGAGCUGUACCAUGGCAAGGUUCGUGACCACAGUUGGAUGAAAGCCGACUUGAUGUGCCAACUCGUCGGGUCUGCCUACCGCAAGUGCCACGGCAAGCCCAACUUGCACAAGAAUUCGCUGCGUGCGAAGCUCAUGCACGACGACAAGCCGGUUCGACUACCGUUCUUCUCCCGAAAGGCAUGCCACGUUGUCUUGCAAAGUAUGCUGAUUGCCAACGGAUUCUUCUACGCCCUCCUCAUCAACUGUGUGGUCGUCGUGACACAUUGGAACGAAGUGGUGGCGAUCCUCCUGCUCCUCAUUCCGCUGUUCAUUAACACAGUGGUGCUGGCACCUGACGUCGUUCGACAAUUCUCCAUUGUGAACGGCACGUGGCGCGUCGGCCGCAAGAAGCUGAGUUCCGUGAUCGAGCAUUUUGCGCAAGUUGAAAAGAUGAAGCAGCGCAUGUGCGUGCAGAUCCACACGUUCUUCCACGAACACCACAAGACAUUGGACGACCUACAAGCUGCGUUGGAGAAGGCGGAUGCGGCCGACUCGGAUGCGAACGACGGGUUCAUCGACUUGGACGUGUGCCGGGAGACCCUCAAGGAUUUCGGCUUCCUCUUUGCUCGACACAAGUUCAACACAUUCGUGCGCCUCGAGUUCGAUACAAAGGGGGAAACGAUUCGAUACGCCGAUCUUCUGGACAUCUUGAAGCACGUUCCGUCCAACGAAGCCAUGCUCAAGCACGCACAAAGCAUGGCUGUGUAAUUCCUCCUUCCAUCAUGCACGUUAAAGUAUCUCGUCCUUUUGGCCAGUACAUGCUGUCAGAAGCCUCGCGUUGGAUGCCAUGUCCAGUGGUGCGACAAUUCAGGAUUCUCCUUGACGCGGCAAUGUCACCCUGCUUGUCGCUGUCGGCCUUCCCUUGUCGGGCCCGCGUGCGACGGCGUCCACCUCGUGACAAAACCGAACAUUGUCACACGUGCUCCCAUGUAUCUUACAUUAUUUCACGAAUUCAUGAGACAUCCAGCAA